ACACGCGGGGGCAUGUGCCCGGCAGGGCACAGCGUGGGGACAGUCACCGCGGCUGAGAGGGGACAGCCCCACAGGGGGACAACCCCACGGUGGGCCCCACUCCUCUCUCUGCCAUCGCCCUUUUAAGCCCCCCCCAAUUCCCUCACCGGAAGCGGAAGUCGUUUUGACGCGCGGGUGGGUGGGGACAACUGGUUCCCUCAGGGUCCCUGUGGCGGCCCAGCCUGGUCCGGUCCCGCCGCCAUGUCGGCCGCGUUGGACCUGAGGUCGAAGGAGGAGAAAGACGCGGAGUUGGAUAAACGGAUCGAGGCGCUUCGCAAGAAGAACGAGGCCCUUAUCAAGCGUUAUCAGGAAAUCGAGGAAGAUCGGAAAAAAGCGGAGCAGGAAGGGAUCGCGGUGACUGCUCUGCGCCGGGCGCGGCCUCCCGAUGCCGAAUCCGAGAGGAGAUGGGUGGACAAGGAUCUCUCCGUCACUGUCCAGGUCAUGGUCUCCCCCGGGGAGAAGCGCGCGGUGAAAGACAAGAAGCCAUCGGGGACCCCUAAACCCGGCCGCGGCGCCGCUCCCCGCAGUUCGGGACGUGCCGGCCUACGUCCUUCCGGCCGUUCCCCGCGGGGGGAACACCCCGCCGAACCAUUUUGGGAUGGGGCCGCCGGCGACGGCGCGACCCCGGGGGAGCGCGGCGGCCGGGGACGACGCUCACGAGGUCAGGGGACAGCUGGCCCAGCGAUGGGGAGCGACGGUGGCCCUGACCGAAAGUCCAAGGAGUGGGAAGAACGAAGGCGGCAGAACAUCGAGAAGAUGAACGAGGAGAUGGAGAAAAUCGCCGAGUACGAGAGGAACCAACGGGACGGGCUUCACGAGAAGAACCCGGUGCGUAACUUCUUGGACGACCCGCGCCGCAGCGGCCCCUUCCAGGAUGCCGAUCGCAAGGAGGGGAGUCGGCGGCACGUCCGAAACUGGGGGGGACCCGAUUUUGACAAGGUCAAGGCAGGGAUGGAGCGUGAGAAGACGUGGCAGGGCCCCGUACGUACCCCGGGACGCCGUUCCAGCCCGAAAACCGGGGGGCCGCUGGACAUGACGCUCUCCAUGACGGGUCGAGAACGAGCCGAAUACGUUCGCUGGAAGAAAGAACGGGAACAAAUCGAUCAGGAACGUCUGGCGCGGCAUCGCAAACCCACCGGACAGUGGCGGCGGGAGUGGGAUGCCGAAAAAUCGGACAGCAUGUUUAAGGACGGCUCCGCGGCGGCGCCCGGCUCGGAAGCGAGCGGCAGGGAAGAAACCAAGCGCCCUCCUCCCAAACCUCCCACUUUUGGGGAGUUCCUCACCCCGCAUCGCACCCAGAGGAGGCGAAAGGGCCGGGGACGCGGCCAGGGCGCCGGGACCAAGCCCUACAGCAUGCACGAUAACCGGUGGGAGGAGAAGGAGCUGCCGGCAUCGACCGAGAAAGCCGAGAGCCGGAAGGCGGAGGAAGCACCGAGCGGGGCCCUCCCGGAGCCCCCCCUUUCCCUGAGCCCCGAGGAGGAUGAGGAUCAGUGGGAGGACGUCAGCGAGGAGGAGGAGGAAGAAGAAGAAGAGGAAGCAGAAGGCAGCGUAGGGUCAUCGAACGAGGACGAAGCACCCCGCAGUGCGUCCCCCAAAACUCAGCGUUCCCCCAGAACCGGGCAGGCUGCGGUUCCCAAACUGCGCGUGCCCCCCGCCGCCGUGACGCCCGCCCCAGACGGGGGGGCUGGCACCCCCCUGAGCCCCUUUUCCCCCGUGGAAGGCCACCAGCCCGUCUCGGACUGGGGCGAGGAGAUGGACCUGGCCUCUCCCCGCAGCAGUUUGGGGGACAGUCCCCUUUCAGGUCCCACUGUCCCCAAGUCGAGAGGGGCUUCCGGAGAGAUUCCAGGGCUGAGCCCUGUGGAGCUGUCUGGGCCCCCCCAGGGGGUGCAGAGCCCUGCUGAACCCCCCCCCGAGGAAGAGACGAGGUCGAACACAGAGCAAGAAGCUUUGGAAAAGCACGAGGAGGCGGCGGGGAGCCCGGCGGAGGACGGGACGCGAGAAGCUGCGGCGUUUCCCCGCCAGCCGGACGCGGAGGUGGCUCCUGGUACGGUGGAAAUCACGGACUUCCAGCGGGACGGCCAAACGCCCCGAUGUCCUCCAGCGGCCCCUCCGUCACCCGGGUCGCUCCCGCCGUGACCACUACAGCUUUCUAGAGACUGUGAGCCGGCAGGAAUAACCCGGGGAGGGGGGGGGGGGGGGAAACCCCCAAACAAACAAAAAAAUCACCUGCCUGCACCUCUUUUGGGGGUUUGGCCCUUACUGGGGGGGGCGGUCCCUCAAUCUGUGGGUCGAGCCGGGUGUCGUGGGUGUUCAGGAGUGGAAGAUGUCGGCUCCGAGGAUCUCAAAAAGGGUUUUGGGGGCUCCCGGCUGUGUACCCCCCCAAUUCUUGGCAGCUGUCCCGAAGGCUUCUGCCCCUGGCAGGGCACUUUUUUAUUUUUUUUGGGGGGGGGGGGGUGGGGGUGUCCCCUUUUUCUCCCUCUGUGCCCUGGAGCUGGGCAGGAGGGGUGGGCUUGACCCUCACCCCGGGCUGCCCCAUCCCACCGGCUCUUUGUAAAAUAAAUCUCCGAAACAUCUUUGCGCCUGGUCCUUGCUGCUGGGGGGGGUCCCCCCCUUUGCUCAUUGGGGUUCCCCCCUUGCUACUGGGGGUCCCCAUCUCCUCUCAAGGCCGGGAAGGUCAGUGAUGGCGGGGUCCCGGUACCGGCAAGGCUGCGAAGCCGCCUGCGCCUGUUACCUUUGGGGGUGGUUCCUGAUUUUGGGGGGUGA